UCCAUUUAUUAAAUGGUAAAUUAUUCAUAAUUAUAUGAUCAGCUGCAUGACAAAGAAUAUAACAAAAUUAUACUCAAUCCAACCUAGACUCCCAGAAAUCCAUACCCAACUUUUCGACAUAUUGACUCAAAUUCUCCACUCAUUGGAACUUCAACUAUGCUCAUGGCUAUAAACAAUCCACCCAAAAAACCUCCCAACUCUCCCAAAUUAUCAUAAUAAUUAUUCUAUCCUGAUCCAAAAGUGAACAUCAUUACAAAAAUUACAACUAUUGCUACAAAACACACUACAACACA